UCAUUAUUUGAACUGCUAGUCUGUCGAUGAAAAAAUGCGUUGUUUUACGGUGGUAGUAUUAUGUUUGGUAGCGGCAGUUUCUGCAACCGUAGAGGUGUCUACUAACUACCACAUCGAUAUCGGUAUCCCAGAGGCGACUAGGAUAAAGGAAGCCGAGGAAAAGAUCUUAGCUAACCAAAGCGAUGUUCAAGGCAGGAUAGUUGGUGGUGUAGUAGCGCCUCCCAACGCACACCCUUAUUUGGCUGGCUUGAUCGUCACCUUCUUCAACCACCCGGGUAGCUCCGCUUGUGGCGCAUCAUUGAUCAGCGCUGAUCGGCUCAUUACAGCCGCCCAUUGCUGGGACGUUCCCGGCACUCUAUUCGUUAGACAAUUCGUCGUGGUACUGGGGUCUCAUUUUUUAUUCAGCGGAGGCAUCAGAAUACCAACAUCACAUGUUGUGAUCCACCCUGAAUGGAAUGCUUCAUUUUUAAGAAAUGAUGUAGCUGUUAUCUACUUACCAUACCGUGUUACGUUUUCAUCUACAAUUCAACCAAUUGCUCUGCCCCACAACAACUUAUGGGAUAGUUUCGUGUCCGAAACCGCCACUGCAGCGGGAUACGGCAAGACAAAUGAUGCUCAAACAGGAGUAUCCGUAAAUUCGGUGGUGAGUCACGUCAACCUGCGAGUGAUCUCAGUUCAACAGUGCCAGGCCGUAUUCGGCAUGAACUUCGUGCAAGAAAGUACCCUCUGCACGGACGGUUUUGGCGGAAUUGGCAUCUGCGGAGGCGACUCUGGUGGACCUCUUGUUAUCAAUCGUAAUGGCCAGAACAUCUUGGUGGGUGUGAGUUCUUUCGUCGCUAGUGCUGGCUGCCAACUUGGUCACCCGUCUGCUUUCGCCAGAGUCACUAGUUUCUACGAUUUUAUAAUGCAGCACAUGAACUAAUAUUCUAAAAAGGACUGAAUAAAUUAUUGUUUAUGUUUUAUUUAUUGAAAUA